AUGACGCUGGCGCCGAAGGAGCUGUCCAACCUGCUGGGCAUCAUCUCGGAAGAGGCUUGCAGCAACACUUUCGAGGCGCUGUCCGCCCACUUCCACCACUUCUUCGGCAAGGCGGAGCACUUCCGCGCGGGCUCGGUACUCGUCAUGCUCCUGCAGCAGCCCGACCUGCUGCCCAGCUCGGCCCAGCGGCUCACUGCCCUCUAUCUGCUUUGGGAAAUGUACCGCACCGAGCCGCUAGCCGCAAACCCCUUCGCCGCCGUCUUCGCGCACCUGCUCAACCCAGAGCCCGAGAAGCUGCUCUCAGGCUUCCUGCCGCCCAUCACGCAGCCCGAGAAGUUCUUCCUGUCGCAGCUGAUGUUGGCGCCGCCUCGAGAUUUGUUCAAAAAGACACCCAGGCAGGUGUCGUGCAUGGACGUCAGCGGCACGCCGCAGACCGUCGAUAUUAGCGGCCUGCAGCUCGCCCUGGCCGAACGUCAAUCUGAACUUCCGACGCAGAGCAGAGCAGGCUUCCCCAGCGUACUCGAUGACCCCGACCCGGACUCGUCCAACUCGGGCUUCGACAGCUCCGUGGCCAAUCAGAUCAUCGAGUCGCUGGUCACCGGGCCGCGUCCGCCGCUAGAGAGUCACUUCCAUCCUGAGUUGAUACGCCCACUUCCUCCGCUGCACACAUGCGAGGAUGAGUUGGCGUGGCUUAAUCCCACCGAGCCGGACCACCGUGUGCACUGGGACCGUUCCAUGUGCGUCAAGAACAGCACAGGUCUGGAGGUCAAGCGCGUUAUGGCCAAGGCCUUCAAGAGCCCGCUGUCGGCGCAGCAGCAGUCGCAGUUGCUGUGCGAGUUAGAGAAGGAUCCAAAGCUGGUGUACCACAUCGGGCUGAGUCCGGCCAAGCUGCCCGACCUGGUUGAGAACAACCCGCUGGUGGCCAUCGAGAUGUUGCUCAAGCUCAUGCAGAGCAGCCAGAUCACUGAAUACUUCUCCGUGCUCGUCAACAUGGACAUGUCGCUGCACUCCAUGGAGGUCGUCAACAGAUUGACAACAGCUGUGGACUUGCCUCCGGAGUUCAUCCACCUUUAUAUUUCCAACUGCAUUUCUACCUGCGAACAGAUCAAAGACAAAUACAUGCAGAAUCGUUUGGUUCGUCUGGUGUGCGUCUUCCUGCAGUCUCUCAUCCGCAACAAGAUCAUCAACGUUCAGGACCUGUUCAUCGAGGUGCAGGCUUUCUGCAUAGAGUUUAGUCGGAUACGCGAGGCGGCGGGACUCUUCCGCCUCCUCAAGAGUCUCGACACCGGGGACGGAGCCCCCGACGCAAAGACUGCCAAAUGA